AUGUCUUGUAAUAAUGAAGAUAUGGAUAGUAUAGUUAGUAAUAGUUUAGAAAAUGAGAUUGCCGCACUUAAUAGUAGUUUAAAAAACAAUAUAAUUAAUAGUAGUUUUGAGACAAAUAAUGAAAGUGAUUUAUAUAAUCUA